AUGAACGACACUUCAACCACUCUCGGCGAACUAUCCAACAGUGCCAUGCCGCAAAACACUUCGACUUUUACCACCGCACUACCAUACAAUAAAUCCAUAGACCCCAAGAAAAUCUACCCCAUCUGGGACGACCUCCGCCACCGCAUCCUGUGGCCUUACACCGAUCGCACACUGUCCGCUAUCAUGGAAACCAAUAUGAACAAAACCCCCACCAUCAACCCCAUGACCAAACGCGCCUUCGACAUGGUCUUUACCCCCGACAAUGACGCCUUCCGCAAAAACGACUACGUCCCCACCGUCAUCGGCGUCGCUGUCCUGGCCUACCUAACCAUUGGCUUCAUCUUCAUAACCGCCGUCGCGCCGCGCAUCAUCCUCUGGCGGUGUCUGCUCGACUCCACGUCCAAGCGCUGGGGAACGUUCCACAUCCUUCGCGUCAGCCUGAUACUCAUACUGUAUUUCGUCUGGCCUAUUGUGUGGGUGGUGUUGCUUGUUUGGACGGCGGUCAAUGAUGUCAGGGGAAUGUGCUGCUACUCAUCAAGAUGGAAGAGUGAGGGCACGGUGCUGCCUGUGACGAACCAGAAUCUGGAGACGGAGGGUGAGGAUAUAAGGAGGAGGAAGACGAGCUUCGAGAUUGAAGAAGGACCGGAUAGUCUAGAAUUGGUCGAUCUGGAUCGUAUUGCGCUGCCAGAGAGGACCAAGACGAGGCCGAGGUUGACGGUUAUGAGGCCAGGAUUUUGGACGGGGCCAGAUAAGAGAACAGUGGAGCAGAAAGCAUGUCCGGCCCUGCCCCAAGGCCCCCCGGUUCUCCAGAUGGCACCUAAUGCUAACUACAUGUUUUACAAUCGGUCUCUGUGA